GUUCUUUGAUUGUAUCACCGCGGUUGCUAUGGUGUAGAUUUUAGUAUUACGUCAAAAAUCUAUUGUAGUAAAAUAUAAUUAAAAUUAUUAAUACGUCUUUGUUUGGGUUUCUACAAAACUCCGCAGUUUAUCAAUAUCUAAAUAAGUAUAAUGGCUGGUAUAAAACAAGUUAGAAAUAAAACUCUUCUUCCUGAUUUAAGGAAAGAGGGUGAACUUACCAAAGAUAUUUUGCUCUCAACCCAAAAUAAACAUGUUGGAUCAGCAGGCUCCAGACUUUUUUCGCAUCAUACACUUGCUAGUGUUAGGCGAUUAAGUUUUUUUCAUCCUUUCUUUUUACCAAAGGAUAGUUUGGAUUUCGUAUUGGCUACGACCUAUAAUCACUCUACGGAGAGGUUUGCAGAUAAAGAAGAUUUGUACUUACAACCUGAAACUAUUGGUUGUGAUACCUGGCGGCGACUGCGGAACACGUUCGAUAAACUUCCACCAGUCAUUAUACCCUUGGGACAUCCAAUGAAACGAGGUGGAGUAAAAGAGCGUCGAUCUCCAUUUAGUGUCAAGCUCAUGAAUUCAGGAGUACAUUCAUCCCAAACUAACCCUGGUUACAGCCGGCAACCGGCCGGUGGUGCCAUAUUCUUUUAUUAAAUAUUCAUCGUUUUCCUACUAUUCAAAAUUGCUUUCAUGUAUUCUUCGUAUUAAAAAUGUAAAAGCGACAAAAACUUGUGGAGUACAAGUAAAGGUACUCAGGUAUCGGGUUUCGAUGGUUACAAUAAUUGCCCUGAAAAUUCUCAAUAAAGAGAUUACUUUUGGUAUUUUGCACUUUUAACAAGCACUAUAAUCGGUCAGAUGAAUAAAGGUAACACUUCUUUCUUAUAAUUCAUCGCGCGGUGCUUAAGUUCAAUAUCUUAAACAGUUUAGGUACCUUUAUUCCUACACGAGUCGUUUUCCCCAUGAGGGUAAUUAUGGAGUACCUACUUAUGGAGCGUCAUUAUGGGUCUAUAAUUGGGAUCCCCACAAUGAUUAAAUGUAAUUCGUGUAGGUGUAAUUAAACAAGAAUUCAGACCCAUUGUUUCUAUCUGCGAAUUCAUUAAUGUUAUUAAAAUUUAUUUGUAAGUGUUGCUAUUUCAAAAUCAAUAAAGUCGUCGGGUUUAAUUAUAAUUAUCUGUGGUCUUGAUCUUUGCGCGGCAAUUUGAGAAAUGGCGCUACAUAAAAAGUUUUCCUGUUUUAGAGUGUUGUUGUUAGUGAGCAAAGUAAUAUUGUUAGUGAGUUAUUGAUUAAUCCAUGUACGUAAUUAAAAUAAGUAUCGUGUCUUUAUUGGACUGCUCGUAAAUAUUAAAUAGGUAUUUAUCGUUCCUUUUAUACCCAUUAUGAUUAGAUUUUACUGUGUUUUAUUUAGAUGUAAAUAAGGGCCGUUAGUUUGCAUGAGCACGCGUUUUCAUUUAGUUUGUUUAGGUCUACUACAGUGUGGAUAUGUGUUUGUCUUCGUUUUUGUUGUUUCUAAAAACUCGUGUGGUCUAGUACUAAAUACAUAUUGCUGUUCUUUACUA